UCUGUUUAGAAGCAAAAACAAAGCCGAGCGAGUCGGACGUGCGACCGUCGGUGCGCGGGAUUUUAAGUGUAAUUUGUUAAAUAAUUAAACGCUAUUCGAUAACACACUGCUGCCCAUGUCGAAACUCGCGCGUCUAAAUAAAUCAAAGUUUGUGUAACAAGAAUUUGGAUUUAUUUCCACAAAGCUCGCAUGUAUAAAUGUAUAUGCAAGGCAUUUGUUUGCGGUAACUGCAUUUCUUCCAGUUCGGUUGUUUUUUUUUUUGUCUAUACGAAGUGUCUAUGUGAGUCCCCAAUAAAAAUUUCAUAAAUUAAACGAAUAAUAUCGAAACGGCUGUUUGAUGCAUAUGAAAAAUUGAAACGAAAUAAGCACGAGAAAAAGUAACUGCUAACGGCGGCGGCAAAGGCGACAGCACUUUAUAACUGUUGUUUGGUCGAAUGAAGAAGGUAGUGCAAAAAAUAGAAAAGGAAGAAUAGGAGAAGGAGGAGUGUGAAACGACGUGAAGCUAAAAUUGCCAAAAGUGUGUACAUAUUGUAUUUAAAUAUUUAAGUGAAUAAUUUUAUGCAACGCACACACACACAUUCAUGCAACAUCAACUGUCUGUGUUUGCAGUGUGUGUGUGAUUUCCCGUGAUUGUGAUUGUGAGAGUGUGGUGUCUACAACAAAAAACAAAAACAACAAGGCGAGUAACAAAAGCAGCAGCAGCAAUAACAUCAACCAACUGUGCAAGGAUCAACGACAACGCUGCCGUCGCCGUCAGGGUAGUUUGUUUGAACAAAGCCAAAGCCUAACAUCCACAUAUAGAGCGACACAGACGGUGGGCUGAGGGCAAGACGAGGACACAGUGAGGCGAGGCGAGAGUUCUCUUCUCUUUUGUGCGCUUUUGCCGCCUGGAAUGCGCUGCAGCCCAACAACAAAAACAACAACAGCGAACAGACACACACUUACCCACCGGCAACAGUGGAAAGGGGAGGAAACGCUGUUUAAUUGUUUGCAGGAGGCAACAGCAGCAUCCAUCAAACAAACGAGUGCACUCUGAUGCUGAUGAUGAUGAUUCGUAUUCAGAUGUGAAUGCAUUUCGGACAAAUAGAUUAUCGAACUCUCGAUGACGCCGCUUGAAAUUUUGCAAGCAUAGAAUCUGCGUCCGAUAAUCUCGAACUCGCACCGAAUAAAAUGUCGAUUAAACGUAAGAAUAACAAGCUCAAAGAAAUAUUUAUGUUCGAGGUGCUGCAAGCCAUCGAAAAGAAGUGAAUUAAAAUUAAUCCCAAAAUCAAUUUGAGAACAACAACAACGUCUUAGCAGUAACGAAAACGAAUACGAAUAUUCGAUCGAUUGCAUUGCAUAUAGCAUAGCAUUCAUUAGUUGGAAGUCCAAACCGGAGACAGGCACAUUCAAGAAACGGAAAUGGAUCUCAGUCUCGAACGCGACAGCUCUGCGCUGGGCAGUCUGUUUCAACAGAUCAUAAAUGACAUGAAGAACACUUCGCCACUGUGGGAGGAUUUUGUGGCAAAGGCGAGUAAGCUGCACACAUGCCUGCGCGCUGCCAUUCAGGCAAUUGCCGCCUAUUUGGAUGCCUUCCAAAAGAUUGCCGAUGCGGCCACCAAUUCCAGAGGUGCAUCCAAGGAGAUUGGCACCGCCCUGACCCGUGUUUGUCUGCGCCACAAGGCGGUCGAGACCCGUUUAAAGACCUUCACCAGCGCAAUUAUGGAUUGCCUGGUGCAGCCGCUGCAGGACAAGAUCGAGGACUGGAAGCGCACAGUGGCCACCAUCGAUAAGGAUCAUGCCAAAGAGUAUAAACGCUGUCGCAGUGAGCUAAAGAAGCGCUCCAGCGACACGCUGCGUCUGCAGAAGAAGGCACGCAAGGGACAGACGGACAACAGCCUGCAGUCAUUGAUGGAUUCGCACAUGCAAGAUGUGACUUUGCGACGCGCCGAACUCGAGGAGGUCGAGAAGAAGUCACUACGUGCGGCGAUGGUCGAGGAACGAUUGCGUUACUGCAGCUUUGUGCACAUGCUGCAGCCCGUGGUGCAUGAGGAAUGCGAGGUGAUGUCCGAACUCGGUCAUCUGCAGGAGGCUAUGGAAUCCAUUGCUUUGGUCACCAAGGAGCCCAGCGUUUUGCCACAGGCUUCGGAGGAACUGAUCCACGAUGCCAAGGCUAGCAUUAAUCUAUAUCCCGAAUCGCCUGGCGGUGGCUCUGGCUCCCAAGGCGGCGGCUGUUCCAAUUCCUUGGGCUCACGCAAGAGUUCCGUCUGCUCUAUUAGCAGCAUGAACAGCAGCGGCUCCAGCAACUCGCCGGGUCAUCAUCACUAUCAACGCUCGCUAUCGCAGUUUGUAACGCCCGCAAUUCGCUUGAAACCUGGUGAAUCCAGUGAUAGUGGCUUUUGCUCAUCGCCAGCGCUAACAACACAGGUUUCGAAUGCCACCAACCAGACGCACGCUGUAUCUACUUGGCCGCCACAUUCCCAGGAUGCUGUGGACGCGCUGCCACCGACUGCUGAUCGUCCGCAUACGAUUUCAACCACCUAUGAGAAGGGUCAUCAGCGUCCGCCAUUGACUGUCUACACGUUCCAGAAUCCCGAGACCAUACACGAGUCCAACAGCAGCGGCAGCCUCAUACCCGCAACGGUGCCGACUGGCAACGGUUCCGCCUCGGGUCAGAAUACGCCGGCAACACAGAAAUCGCCGGCAGCAUCGCUCAGUCGUCCUCCAUUGCCAGUGAAGCCGGCACAUGUGCGCUGUUCGUCGCUGGAGCGUCCGUUGUCGGCGCAGAGCAAUCAUCGCCAGAACAGUGGCCAGAAUCUGCUGCAGCGUCAGUGCCCCUCACCGAUUCCGGCUCAUAUCACGAAAGAGCUGUCAGCAGCACAUCAUGCACAACAACAACAGCAGCAACAGCAACAACAGCAGCAAUCACAGCCACAGCAACCACAAACCCCGCCUACCUAUGCUAACCUAUCUGAGCUGGCGGCAAUCAAACUAACUAAUCAGCAACAGUCACAGCAGCAACAGCAACCACAGACACAGACACAGACACAACAGCAGCAGCAGCAACAACAUCAACCAUUGUUGCAGCAACAAAGCAGCAUUGAUUCGAUUUGUUCGCAGCAUUCGAAUGACUCUUCGACAAGUUCGUUGCAGCAACAGUUGCUGCAGCAUCAGCAAUCGCAGCAAGCGCACAUCAGCAACAGCAGCAGCAGCCUCAAUCAUCAGCAGCAACAGCAACAACAGCAGCAGCAAUCAGUACAUGGCAGUGGCCUUGGCACACGCUCCCAUUCCAUAUCGUCGUCGGUGUCCACAAGCACAGCCUCAUCGUUGCACUCGCAUCCAUCCUUUGACUCGGCUGUGGCCGCCUCGCUUGUGGGCUGUGUUGCUGGUGGUGGCGGGCAUACAAACAACACCAAUACCAACACCAACACAAGCACCACAACGCCCUCGAGCGGCUGCUCAACGCCACAGAAUCACUAUUCACCACUGUUAACCAACUCACCCACGUCCACUGCUGCAGGUACUCCAAGCGGCGGCAGCAUUGCCAGCGGUCUCGGUCUCGGCUUCGUCUAUCAGGUCAGCUCACCCACGCCCCCCGCCUCCGCCAACUCCACCACCGAUGUGCUAAAGAUCACCGAGCCAGGACAAUCGACGACGGCCGAAGCCAACGAAACCAGCGAGAGCGAUGAGCGUUCCCGUGCCUCGGUGCUGCAGAAGGCAUCCAUGUUUGAGAAGCAGGCGGCAGCCGCUGCAGCAGCUCCAAUCCCCACAACUAUAGCUGCAGCUGUAGCUGGCGGUGGAGGAGGAGUAACAACCGGAGCAGUUGGCGGAGUCAUUGGUGGCGUUGCUCGACGCUCGGAGGAACUGCGCGCUGUGGAGCAACAGGAAAUGGACAAAUCUUUCGAAGACUCGAUUCAAGCACUUAACAAUUUAAUUGGCGAAUUAGACUCUUUUCAACGUGAGAUCGAUGAGGGCAAGGGCAAGCAGCAGCAGCAGCAACAGCACAGCAGCAACAUCAACAGCAACAACAACAUCAGUGGCAACAAUAGCAACAGCGGCAGCAACAACAACAACAGCAGCAACAGCGGUGCCAGCAGCAACACCAGCAACGACAACAACAACUGCAACACUGAUCUCCUGCUUCCCAGCAGCAACAUCGACUGCUGUGCCAUCAGCAACCAGACGAAUUCCAGUGGCUGUGGCACCGAUAUCUCCGACACGACGUCGGAGGAACUGGCCGGCGAGGAAGGUAGUCUGGCAGCAGCCAGGCGUCAUCAGCAACUGGGUGCCAGCGACUCGGAGCUGAGUCGUUGCUAUGUGAGCGAGACGAGUUCGCUGACCGGCGGCAUACUGGCCGGUGGCUAUGAGAAUCCCACGUUCGCGCACUUUGCCGCCAAUCGUGAUGAUCCCUACAAUGGCAGCGGCAAUGGCAGCGACAGUCGAUCGCUGUACGCCUCGGCGGCCGACAGCAUUUCAUUGGCCGCAUCGGACAGCGUGUGCCUGAGCCAGCAGCCGCGACAUGCGUAUGUGGACAAUUGCAGUGAUGGCGGCAGCGCUGUCGUUGUGAUCUAUGACCAUCAGAUACCCAAUACGCCGGACAUUGAGUUUGUCAAGCAGAACUCAGAGAUUGUGCUGUUGCGCACCAAAGAUCCGCAGCAAUUGCAGUUGCACGAGAUGCGCGAGCUGCAACAGUUGCCCGACAAUUUGGCUGGCUCACCCGAGUCGCCCGAUGCCGCUUCUGGCGGCGGAGUUGGAGGCGGUGGCCGUUUACAGCCGGCCACAGCAACUGUGGCGCCGGCCAAGCAACGCCUCUCGUCGUUUCGGGCAUCCAGCGAGCAACAGCUGCAGUUGCUGGGACGCGCUAGUCCACAACACAGAGGUACGGAUAAGCUUAGAGUUAGUGAAGAGCAACGGCAACAGCCACAGCAACCGCAACCACAACAACAGCAGCAACAGCAACAGUUGCUAAGCGAUAGCAGCAGUAAUGUUGCUGGUGCCGUGCGGCGCAAGCUGCCGCCAAAGCCCAUCAGCCUGAGCAUAUUUAAUGGGCCAGCGCUAGAUGCGGCCAGCAGCAACAGCAGUAAGCCAGUGAUACCUAGAAAGUUUGACUUUAAGGCCGACUUAGAUGCCAAGAUACGCCAGCAGAAACAGAAAGUGCAGCAGCAAUUGCAGCAGCAGCAGCAGCAACAACAACAGCAGCUCAACAGUCCACAACAAGAUCAGCAGCAGCAACAAUCACCACAACAACACUCACCACAGUCGCCCCAAAACGCCAACACAGCAACAACAACAACAGCAACAUCAACAGCAAACUGUAAUGUCACUAAUAAACCUGCCGUUAUUGCAAGCGCAAAUGCAUCCGCAUCCAUAAACCAAAAUCAUAGAAUGCCAAAUCAAACAUCAUUAUCAUCAUCAGCAACAUCCAAUCAUGCGCCAUACAAAACGCCCACAACAACAGCAACAUUCUCAUCACCAACAUCAAAUGCAUCUGCAUCACCAUCAUCAUUAUCAGCAAGUUCUCCUGGGGCCAAAUUGUCAUUGCCAUCAUUAUCAUCAUCAUCCGCAUUAUCAGCAACUGCGCUGCCUCCGCCCCAUGUGCCCGCUAAGCCAACGUCCACGCCCACGCCAACAACAACAACAACUACACCACAACUUCCACCACCCACAACCAAUUCAUAUGCGUGCUCCAAUCUCAAUGCCAAUGCCAAUGCCAAUCCCCAAGCCAAACCGUGCAUAACGCCAAGGCCGGCAUCGCUGUCGGGAGGAGCAGGAGGCGGAGGAGGAGGAGCAGCAAUGGGCAGCUCAGCACGCAUCGCACGUCGUUCAUCCAUUAAUCAGGCCAAGCCGCCGCCACCGGUGAGACGCAGUUCAUCGGUGACUCCCAGUCCCAACAAUGUCGGGCAGCCGCAGCAUCAACAGCAUAGCAGCAGCAACCACACCUCUCACGCAUAUCAGCAACAGUCGCUAUCGCUGAGCAACUCUAGCGAGCAUUUGCCGCCGCCGCCGGCUUUUAUGCUGGAGGCAACAACAGCAUAUUCCACAUCGCCCACGCCGCCAGCAGCGAUGCCCAGCUCAGCGCUCAAGGUGUCGGAGACAGUGCGUGCUCUGGCCGCCAUGCGGCAUCAGCCUGCCUCGCCUGUUGCACUGCGUCGCAUGCAUCAGCAGCAGCAGCAACAACAAUUGCAACAACAGCAGCAACAGUCUUUAUUGCAGCCCAUGCACAAGCCCUCCCCCAACGACGAUGCUGAAUAUGAAGCUUAUUAUAAUUCCUAUAUGGAGCUGCAUGCAUAUGCUCAAGCCCUGCCACCUCAACAGCAGCAGCAGCAACAUCAGCAACAACAACAACAACAACAACGCUUUGCGCAGCAACAUCAUACGUCACAUCAAACACAUCAUCAUAAUCAUCAUGAGCAGCUGCCGCCAACACCGCCUCCAUACCAUGGGCCACCACAGGUAGAUGCCGCCUCGUUCCGCACUUCAUCGCCUAGUGGCAGCAUCUAUGCGCAACCCAAACUGGUGAACAACAUGUCCAGCUUUCGCACCAGCAGCCCCAGCCCAAAUGGCCAUGCCCAUCCACUGCCACCAACACAGCCCAAGGCGAAUCCGAAUCUAAUUGCACAGCUCAAUGCACGGCUCAACAGCAAGCAGCAACAGCAACAGCACCAACAACAACAGCAGCAGCAACAUGUUGCCGAGGGCAUUUAUGGCAACGCUGGUGGAGUAGGAGUAGGAGGAGGUGAAUCCAUUUACAUGCGUGGCGGCAAUGGUUUGUCCAUGUCACAGCAGCAGCAACAGCAGCAACACUACGACGCAGCUGCGCAAGCAACAGCAAACAUGCGACAACACCAACAGCUGCAACAGCAACAACAGCAACAUUAUACAUGUCCACCACCGCUUGAAGAUCCGCCACCGCCGCCCAUUUAUUCAGCAACCAUGCCCAAGAAAAUGGCACGCCCCAGUGUUGGGCACAGCAACAGCAACAACAUGGGCAACCAUUUGGUCAAUGCAUAUGCUGCUGCCUCCAACAGUGCCACGUUGCCCAAAAACAUAUUGCAGCAGCAACGCUUGCAGCAACAACAACAGCAGCAGCACCAGCACCAGCAGCAACUGCAACAGCAGCAACUACAACAGCAGCAAUAUCAACAGCCAACAGGCAUCAACGUUGGCAAUGGGCAUGCUAAUCAGCGACCUCCGAUGCCGCUGCCGCAGCAGCAGCAACAACAGCGACAGCCACCCAUACCAUCGCGUCAUUCCAGUGUGCAGCAAAAGAUAUUCGUUUCAACGAAUCCAUUCAUUCAAACCACAGCCGUCAAGUUUCAUUCGCCAUCGUCGGUGCACUCGACGCCAGCUGCCUCGCCCACCUGUGGCUCGCCCGCAUCAUCGGCAACUAUGGCCAGCAUUUAUGGCACCACGGCACGUGGCGGUGCUGCACACCAUCAGCAGCAGCAGCAGCAAUACCAUCAUCAGCAACAGCAGCAUCAACAGCAGCAGCAGCAACAACAUUAUUAUCGCGAUGUUGCUGGCGGCAACAGCAAUGGCGGCGUUUAUUAUGCCAGCCACAAUAACGCCCAUGCCCACGGACACUCGAACGCCCACGCACACGCCAAUGCCAACGCAAAUGUGAACGCGAAUGCGAAUGCGAAUGCGCAUACGCCCCAUAUGCCCCAUGUCCAGGCACAUCAUUCAAACUAUGCCACAAGCACCAAUAUCGAAAAGACUGGCAGCAUACGUGCCAAGACCAAGGCUGAAUUUCUCGAGAAUCUCAAUGCGAAGUUGGCCAAGCAGGGCAUGUCUGGACGUGCAUUUGCAGUGCGAAAUCUGAUCAAUAGCAAGGCCCUGCCGGAUCCACGUAUAUGUCAUGAGUCGUUGAUGGAUCAGAUAAAACGAGGCGCGACCCUGAAGAGGAAUCAGAAAAUCAACGAUCGCAGUGCGCCCAAAAUACAUUAAUUAUUAAUUUAGCAAACGAAUAUUAUUUAUUAUUAAUCCAAAUUUAACUAUGAGGCGGCAUCGCCUGCUCGAUUGCAGGUCGCAGAGUUUAGUUUGAAACUAAGAAACUCGUAUAUACAAUAUAAAACUUAAACUACAUACGAUAAUACGAUACAUAUGAUAAAUAUGCGCAUACAGAAUACAACAAAAUGAAUACUACAAAUAUAUUUAUACAUAAAACAACAAAAAACAAAAGAAAGAAAGAAAGAAAAUCAAAAAGGGUUUUGGAAAAUUCUCUAGUUGCAAACGUUGAAAUAACAUUUGGUAUUUCUUUUGAUUUUUCCUUAAUAUAUGCCCAUUAAUAUAUAUAAAUAUACAUUUAUUUAAAUUAUA